UUUAGAAAUGAACACCACACGCGUCCCUCCUUUCCUCUUCUCUCUCCCUCCUCGACUCCGCGUUCUCCCUUCUCGACUCUCUUCUGCCUCAUCGUCUGGCUAGACUGGCUUGUGCCAUUGUGCCUUCAUCUCGCCGGGGUCAGAGUUCUGCCUUCAGGGUCUGCCGUCUGUGGGACUGGAUCCAAGGUGAAUUCUAACAGCUGCGAAGAUGGCAACAGAGUCAUCUGAGGGAGAGGAUGAAGGAAAGCUAGUUGGAGGCAGCAAAAAUUUGGAUGUGGAUGGUGACUUGAGAGAGAUGACGAAAAAUGCAGCUUGGAGUGUUAGCUCAUGCAAGCCUGGCAAUGGUGUUCAAUGUCUCCGAGAUGACAAUUCCGAAACCUAUUGGCAAUCUGAUGGAGCACAGCCUCAUCUCAUAAACAUUCAGUUUCAGAAGAAAGUGAAAUUGCAACUAAUUGUUCUCUAUGUCGAUUUCAAGCUUGACGAGAGCUACACACCUAGCAAGAUCUCUAUUCGAGCUGGUGAUGGCUUCCAUAACUUGAAGGAAAUAAAAACAAUAGAGCUAGUCAAGCCAACUGGAUGGGUGUGUAUCUCAUUAUCCGGAAAUGAUCCACGGGAAACUUUUGUUAAUACGUUCAUGCUCCAACUAGCGGUUUUGUCAAAUCAUCUUAAUGGGAGGGAUACCCAUGUACGCCAGAUCAAAGUUUAUGGACCUCGACCGAAUCCUUUUCCGCGUCAGCCAUUUCAGUUCACGUCUGCCGAGUUUUUGACAUACUCCACUGUCAGAUAAGGAUAACGAGAUGCUAAUGUGCCUACAUGGCUACAUAUAUCCUGCACUGAUCUGCUACAUUUGCUCUGUUAUUCCUCUAAGGCGCUCUUUCUCUCUUUCUCUCUUUUGCCUCUUUAUUUUCUGCCCUCAUUUCUAAGUGACCAAGGGAUUAGGACUGAUUGGCUAACAAAUGGCAAACCUUGGUUUAGAACUUAGAAGUAAACCGAGCAUGGUUCACUGCCAGAACUUGCAAGAAAUAGCUAAGGGUUGACGUGGUCGAUGGUUCAUUUGGCAAUGUAUAAUCACAAACAGUGGGUUUUAUGCUUUUGUCCAUUCAAUGAUUAUUACCCUGAUUAGUCAGGAAAUCAGCCGCGUGUUUUGUCUACCAAAAACAUUAAAGUAGGAAUUCGAUUGCAUAGGUACCCACUUUGCAUCAGAUGUGACGUUGUCUAUUUAUAUUUUGCAAUGAUUAUGACUAGGAUUAGUCAGAAAAUUGGCCGCC